CUGGAAGGCAAGCUGGAUCUGCAUGAACUUAAGCCAGAUAGGCAUGCACAGCAGGUGGUGACAAACUCCUCAAUAACCUCAGUAUUUCAGAAGAGGAUCUGAGGGGCUCUUUAUACCACUCAUUAAAGCAGCCAUCGGGACUGGCAUGGUCCGUGCUGAAUGAGGCGGCUGUGUACUGGCGAUCUGUAGGAAACUGUACCCAGGCAAUGGCUUGCCUGCGCAGAGCAUUGAGCCUAGCACCAUCUCAGCAGCAGCAUAUCCCACUGGUGAAUCUGGCCAACCUGCUAAUGCAUCACGGGCUUCAUCUGGAUGCCAGUAAUUUACUUCUUCAAGCAAUCACUAUAGACCACUCAGAGCCGUUAACAUUGCUGAGCCUGGGAAAUGCCUACCUCUCACUUAAGAACCUGACAGGCGCACUUCAAGUCUUCCGCACAGCUCUCGAUCUUCACAAGCCGUGUAUGGAGUGUGAGGGCAGCUUACAGAUGAUCCGGUGCCUGCAGCUUUAUCCUCUUCUGUACAACGUCAGCACCUCUGUGUGCAGCGGUAAGCAUGUUGCCCGCUCCCUGUUC